CGCGUGUCCACGCACAGCUGCCCUCGUGAGACCAGCUAUUUAAACGACACAGCUGACAUUCCCCUUACAGCCCAGAAACAUACGCGAAAAACUGUCCACGCUGAAAGAUCUCGGUAACUGCUACUAUCGCAAUGGAGUCGGCGCGCAACGGCACCGCGCCGGGCGCGCUCUCAUCGCAGCAGACCAUCAGACUUUACUCGCUCGGCGGAAGGGACGGCAACGCUUCCUUGUACAUCGUCAUCGUGGUGUCCUUCUACGGAGUCUUCCUCAUGGGGAUCAUGCUAGGUUACCUGCGCAGCAAACGGCGAGAGAAGAGACGCACGAACGCUUUCACGCGCCUGCUGCAUGAGGAGGAGCAGCGCGAGUGGGGCGCGAGCCAGAAAAAGAACAGUUUCAGCCUGCCCUCGUUUCCCACUCUGCGCUCCACGCCGGUGCCGUUUUUGCUAACUGGUAGGCACGGGGACUGCGCGCGCGAAGGCGGGCGCGUUCUCGCACCUAUGGCCUGCGCGCUGUGCUCGGUUGAACAGAUCAGCGUGAGUUCUCUCAGCUCCCCCGCCGAUGUGCGCUUUGCUAUAGAGGAAGAACCGGUGUCUGGAGACGGGAUAGAUGAACCGGUGAUCUCGCACUCGGAACCAAACUGCGGCGCGGAAAAUCUGAACGAGACUUCCUGAGGUUGCGUCAUCUGAAAAAUGUUUCAAAUCAACUCUAAUUGGUUCCUUAAAGAUCAAGGCGGACUGUAUGGUUUCAUAAGAUUCUUUAAGAUCCAUAGAAACAUUUGAACAAAAACUUUAAAGGGAUAAUUUUAUCACAAAAAUCUAUGACUAUGGAAGAUAAGAAAACACUAAAUGGCUCUCUUGGUUCUUAUAUGAAAUCGCGCGAUGAAGUGCCCUUAUUUUUGAAACAAUUAACAAGACAGCAAAGCGCAUAUCCCUGUUUAAUGGAGCUUCCACAUUCAUUAACUUACAGUAGUUAUAAUAAACACAGAACUGUAGUAUUUUGGCAGUGGUAAAGUUCUCCAAGUGCCGAGGGGGUAAAUACGAACUCAAAAUAACCUGGAAAUCACUUGAAAACUCUUUGUUCUUAUAUAUCAACAUGUACAUAAACGUGUGAAAUGAUUUGAUAUGUUUGCAUUUUAUAUAAAUAAGUGAUCCAUAUUGCUUUACUUGCAUGGAUGCGACUAUUUAAGAGUCUAUUAAAAAGUCUUGCGGUAUGGGUGAAGUUUCAUUAUUUGCACUUACAAAUCAUUGCCUCACGGGGGCGUAAGAGACCAUGUGCGCAUAUCAAGGGACUCUUGAAGAUUAGUUGUUACAAAAUGCUAUGAAGUCUCUUGCAGAUGAGAAACGUUUGUGUCAGUCCAGUUGGGGUCACUGCAGAGAUAAAAUCUGUUAACUUGCCCCUCCCGAAACUUUUUAUUUUGGUUAAUCCCCUCAGGAAUGAGUUUUGAGACAACGGGGAGGGUUUCUACGAUCUGACUUUUUGCUAUACGUACGGUAGAUCUACAUCAUAAUGCCCAUACUUCUUCAUCAGCAUCAUUAUAGUCUUUGUUGUCCAAAUGAAAUGACAUCACGCGCACAAGAGUAAGUGACCCGUCUUCCUCUCCAGGGAUUGCAGUGGAAAAUUCUCUCAUGCUUUCCGUCUGAAUGGAUUUCUUCCAAAGUAA